CCCCCCCCCCCCCCCCCGCGACUUUCCUCUUGUUCCCCACCGCGCCGCCGGCCCGGGCGCCGCGCUGCCCGCCCAAGCCGCGACCUCCUCCGGCCGCCGCUCGUCCUCCUUCGGUCGUUGCUCGUCCUCCUCCGGUCGCCGCUCGCCGCUCGCCCCGCUCCCGGUCGUUUCUCUCUCUCGUGCGCGGAGGCGGCGCAUCUACCAGGGAUCCAGCGAGAGGUAGUAUAGCUUGGAGCAGAGCACCCGCGAUGAACGGAGACGGCUUCGACGUGUGGGUUUCGCAGCCGUCGGCAAGCGGUCCCGCUACCCAUGCCGGUCUUGACCUCAACUCGCAAGCGCCGGCGUCGGAGGGGUUCCCGGGGCUUGGGCUCUACGGAGCCUUCCUCUAGAGCGACGAUGAUGAGCUCCUCCCUGGGCGCGUCAGAGGCUCCGGGUUCCCUCCCUAUCGCCCACCCUAUGCCCGGCGACUGAACUUCGGCGGCACCUUGUCGGCAGCAGCCGGUCGCGGGGGAGGAAACGGUGGUGUGUUCCUCGACGGGUCAUCGUCGGGGGCAGGCGGCGGUGUUCGGCAGCGCGCCAACUGGGCCGUCGCGGCCCCCAGCCGCCGUAACCAGCGCAGCAGGAUGGCGUUCAGUGGCGGUGACGUUCGGCAGCGUGCCAACUCGGCUGCCGCGGCACCCAGCCGCCGGGCACCGAGGAGUGCCGUCCGUGGGCAAGCAUCCGGCUCCGGCGGUCCCUUCGCCAAUGGUGAUGAAGAAUUGGAGAAUGAUGUGGAGGAGUUAGCGAGCUCCGGAGGUCCCCUGGUGAGCCAAACAAAUCGAGCCCAAUGGAAUGAUGCUAACAGUGCUUGCUUGUUAGAAUUAUGCCUUGAGCAACGUGCAGCAGGAACGUAUAAUGGUGUACAAAUGACUGCUGAAGGGUACCAAGCUGUUAUCGACGGCUUGCUUGCUAGAAGGGGGUUGGUGUAUUCCCGUGUGCAGGUGAAGAACCAGAUAGUCGUACUCAAAAACACCCACUCUUUUUGGCGAUACAUGCAAGUGCACACAGGGUUGGGGAGGAAACCAGAUGAAACCAUUGAUGCCGACUCUGAGUUCUGGAUAACACAUACAAAGAAGAAACCAUACCUAAGGAAGUUGCAGUGGGGUCCUCCAGCAAACGAGGAGUUGCUUGAUCGACUCUUCAGAGGUUACACUGUGGAUGGAAGCACAGCCUUUGUGCCUGGAGAUGAUUAUGGUCAGAAUCAAGGGCAAGACGAUGCAGGGGCAGAAGAGGAAGAGGAGGGGUUUCAAGGAACACCUACAAGUACAAGCAACCAAAGGAGCCAGAGGGGCAAGAGGUCAUUAAGCACUUCAAGCACUUUGACCAGUCCAUUGAAGAAGAGCAAGAGCCCAAUGGUGAAGAUUGUCAAGGACAUAGCCAAUACCUACAAGGAGUCUGUCGCAGCCAACACUAAGCAAAUGCAGAAACGUGCAGAUGAGAAGGCUGCAUUUUCUGUGAAGAGGUGUCAGGAGCUGGCGUUUGAGUGUGGCGUUGAGCAAACAGUUGAAUCUGUCUAUGCUAUGUCUAAGAUGUUCGAAAUAGAGUACCAAAGGGAGUUCUUUUGUGGCCUAUUAACUCCUGAGCUUAGGAAGAAGAUCAUGUCCCCAUGACUGAGGAAGAAGAAUAUGAUGGAGGUAGCACAAGUGAGGAUGAGAUCAUAUCCAUGUGCCGCAACAAUUUGGUGUAGUCUGAGAAUUUAAUCUUCAAGUUGGUUCCUAUCUUGGGUAUGUACUCUGAUAACUACUUUGUGAAACUACCUAGGAGGGUCAGUGGAUAUUCUGGUUUGGAUUGGGUGCAGGAGACACUAGCCCGAGAUACCCAAUGCUAUAACAUGUUUAGGGUUGAGAGACCUUUGUUUAACCGGCUACAUAAUACUUUGGUGCAAUCAUAUGGCUUGAAGUCCACUUCAAAAAUGACAUCUGUAGAGGCUCUAGCAAUGUUUUUAUGGAUUGUUGGAUCACCAAAGUCAGUUAGACAGGCUGAGAACCGUUUUAGGAGGUCUAUGGAGACAGUAAGUAGGACAUUUAACAGAGUUUUGACAUGCCUCCUCAAGUUAGCACAUGACAUAAUUGUACCCAAGGACCCAACAUUUUCAGAGGUGCACCCAAACUUAGAAAAUCCAGCAUUCUGGCCACACUUCAAUGACUGCAUAGGAGCUAUAGAUGGGACACAUGUGAAUGUUGUGGUGGAUAAGAGUAAGAGGAUUCCAUACUUGAACAGACACAAUGAAACCAGUCAGAAUGUGCUUGCUGUUUGUGAUUUCGACAUGAGAUUUACAUUUGUGAUGUCGGGAUGGCCUGGGUCAGCACAUGACAUGAGAGUUUUCAAAGAUGCCAUAACUACUCAUCAUCAGAAAUUUCCACAUCCACUACCAGGGAAGUAUUAUGUGAUUGAUGCGGGCUACCCAAACCGGCCGGGCUACCUUUCAUCAUACAGAUGCACAAGGUACCAUGUGGAACAAUGGCAAAACGGCCCGCCGCCGCAAGGUAUGAAAGAAACCUUCAACCAUGCACAUGCCAAAGUUAGGAAUGUCGUUGAGCGAUCCUUUGGAGUGUUGAAGAUGAAAUUUAGGAUUUUAUUGAACAUGCCAAAAUUUCCAGAGGACAAGCAAAGUAGAAUUAUUGUUGCUUGUAUGGCUCUUCAUAAUUUCAUUCGAGAGAGCAGAAUUGCGGAUAGGGAAUUUGAUGCAUGUGAUGCUGAUGAAAAUUAUAACCCAAUGCCUAGUUCCUCUGCAUCUGCAUGGCCAGAAGACGAACCUCUUGUUAAAGAUAUCGACAUGAAUGACUUUCGUGAUGAGUUAGCUCAUACUUUGUUUCAUGGAGUGUAAUUUUUUUUAUGAAGCUUGAUUGACGAUAUGUAUGUUUAAGUGGGACAUCUCAUUUGUAUGGACAAAAUAAAAUUUAUCAUGUUUUGGACCCUUGAUUUAUAAAGAUCAUUUAUUUA